AUUCAUUAUAAUAAUAAAGUGUUGUUAUAAUAAAAAUAAUAAUAAAUUCAAUAGUAAUAAUAAUAAUAAUAAUAAUAAUAAUUUAAGAAACUAAUAAUUAACAAAUGGAACCUGAAAUUUUAAUUUCAUCAAGUAAUCUAAGUAUUAAACAGGUUAUUUUAUUUGCAAAUAAAAAAAUAGGUUUUUAUAUAAACGAAAAAACAACAGAAAGAAUUAAAGAAUACAGAAAGAAUUUAAUAGAAAAAUGGUGUGAAAAUUGUAAUAAUAAACAAUUUGAUAUAAAGAAAUUUCUCUAUAACGAAAAUAUAAAUUUAAACCAAUACAAUGAAGCAAAUGGUGAAGUCAAUGAAGAGGCAGGAGGCGAGAAUAGUGAUGAAAUGAGGGUUAGCAAUGAAUUAAGUAGCAAUAAUGAUUCAUCGCAACAACAACACGAAAAUUUAAAAUUAUUUCAACAAUUCUCAAAUAAUCCACAAAGUGGAUCAGUUUUAAUGCCAAAUCAUUUAAAUGAAAAUAUUAUAAUUGAAAACUCAUCAGUUGUUUCAAAUAGUUAUUUACCCGAUAGAUUAAUUAGAGCAGCAUUAUUAAUUCAAUUAAAUUUAUUGUUUUCUGGAACUUCAGGUGUUUCACUAAGAACAUUGGAUAUAUUGGUUAGAAGAUUAAAAGAAGAUAAUCUACCAUUGGUGCUCGAUAAUUGUCCAUUAGGUGUAUCCGAUUCAAUUCCUUUAUCACAAGCUAGCCUUGGUUUAUUUGGUAAAUCAAUUCCCUUACCAAAUGGCAAAAUUCCACAAGUCCCAAUGAUCAGUGAUAGUUAUUAUGGAAUUAUUAAUUAUAGCAAUAAUAAUAGUAGUAGUGACAAUAGUAAUAGCAGUAGUUAUAAUGAUUAUGGUGAUGAAUGUUCAACAAGUAGUAAAGAAAAUAAUAAUAAUGAUAUUGAUAUAGAUAAUUUAAUUAACAGCAAUAGUAUGAAUACAAGCAGCAAUAGUAGUUUAAAAAAUUCACAAAAUAAUAAUAGUACCGAUAUUAUUAAUAAUAGCAAAUAUUUAAUUGAUCAGUUAAUAUUUCAAGAAUCAAAUUCCUUAAUAAAUAGUAAUUGUAUUACUCUAGCAAGUGGGUCAUUGCUAUUGCAUGAUAUUUCAUGUUUUCUUAAUGCAUUAGAUACAUCAGCAUCAUUUUCUUUGGAGGCAUUUAGAUCGAAUCUUUCAAGUUUAAAUUCGAUUGUCAGUAAAGUCCACAACCAUUCAGGUCAAGUCCAAUGCUCUAAUAAUUUUCAAAAUAUUUUAAAUUUUAGUAAGCUUUGGGAACAAGUUGAAGAAACUCCAUAUAUUCAAGAUCCACUGUCUUUUAGAUGCGUAUCUCAAAUUCAUGGUGCUUCAUACUCUGCAUUCGAAUGGUGUUAUGGUAUAUUUGAAAAAGAAAUUAAUUUAUCGGUCGAUAAUCCAUUGGUUUUAACAAGUGAGAAUAAUGGAAUGCCCAUUCCCAAUGGAAAUAGCGAUACUGGUUUACUUUCAUUAUCUAUAGAUACACUUAGACAAUCGAUUUCAAGAUGUAUUCAAAUUCUAG